AUGGUGUUGUGUGCUGCACCAAACUGUGAUAUCCGAUUUGGACAGGGUGUAUCUAUGUUUUCUUUCCCCGAAGAUCCCAAAUUAUGUCAUAUUUGGGUAAGAAAGCUCAAAACUGUUAAUUACUGGCCAUCCAAACACUCAUUGACAAAGCUUUGCGAGCGACAUUUUGCCCCCGACUGUUUUGUUAUUGAGCCUUCAAAAGCGCGAUGCAUGGGGUACAGUCGACUGCAGUUAAAAAACGAUGCCAUACCUAGCAUCUUCGACUACAGACCAUUAAAUACUAAAGGCCAUAAAAGGAAAACAGCAGAUGUAGAUGUUUCAUAUGUACCAAAACAAGGUCGGAAAUCGAAUGCUCUGGAGAAAAGGCGUGCAAUUGCAACUCAGAACCUUAACGAAGAUGCAGAGAUUAUUCUUCCUCCUCCUAGCCAGUUUCAGGACAGUCCAGAAACUCUAAACACAGAAACCAGCUGUCAAAGCGACACAAUGACUUUUGCAAUGUCUUCACAAACUACUUAUGGGUUGGUGAAACGCAGGCAUGUCUCUAUACAGACAGAGAUUCAACCCAGUACAAAAUCUUGUGGUACCCAAACUGAAACACUGCUUACAUUGGAUGCACCUGAGGACCUUGAUGAGAGCAUUGAGUCACUGGUCAGCACAGAUUCUGAAGUUUCAGAAUGGAUUCCACCUGAUACUGAUGAAAACAAUAACACAGAUCAUCAUGAUGUUCCUCCAAGUCACUGUAGCAGAAAAUUUAUUGUGUUUGAAGAAUGUUUAGACCAGCUUCUCCAGAUUUGUACGAUGUGCGGACAGAAGUGUGACAUUAGGAAAACCAUAGUUGGAACUCUGUUGUUUGUGUCUAGGGUAUGUGCCUGUGGGGAGUCUUUCACAUGGGGAUCCCAACCCUUGACUGGAUCCAUUCCUACUGGAAACUUGAUUUUGGCAGCAGCAAUUUUGAUUAGUGGCAGCAGCAUAAAUCAAAGUUUGACCAUGUUUCAGCAUGCCAAUAUAUCCUGUUUCUCAGAGAGAACCUAUCACAACAUCCAACAGCAUUAUCUUGUACCAGCUGUUGAAAGGGUUUGGAGAGCACAUCAAAAUGCAAUAUUUGAUGUAAUAAGACAACAGAACGUAGCUGUAGUUGUCGGAGGAGAUGCUAGAUGCUGUUCACCAGGACACACGGCUAAAUAUGGAUCAUAUAGUUUGAUGGACCUGGAGCUGAGACAGAUACUUGAUGUUCAACUAGUUCAGAGCAAUGAAGUCAAAAGCUCCUAUUGGAUGGAAAUGGAGGGUUUGACAAGGUGCCUUAAGAGAGUGGAAGAGGAGAGUGUAGUUAUUAGUGACCUCGUUACUGACAGACAUCCCCAGAUUAAAGCUUACAUGAAAAAAGAAAGAAGUGAUAUCAACCAUUGGUUUGAUGUGUGGCAUAUGGCCAAAGGGGUGUUUAAAAAGUUGGAGGCUAUUGGGAAGAAAAAAAAGUACAAGCAAGUGGGUGAUUGGUCACGGUCAGUUUCAAACCACCUAUACUGGUGUGCGGCAUCUAGCGAAGGAGAUGGUGAAUUGGUUUCUGAGAAAUGGCUGUCUAUCCUCAACCAUAUCACUAAUGUUCACGAGGGUCAUGGAAAGCGAUUCCCCAAGUGCUUACAUGGUGACUUGGAGGACAGAGAUUGGAUUAAGAAAGGUAGUCUAGCUUUCCAGGAGAUGGAAAAGGUUGUUAAUGGCAGACUUUUGGUACAAGACAUCAAGAAACUCUCCCCUGCAGAGCAAACUUCAGCCCUGGAAGCAUACCACAAUGUUGUGUGUCAUUUUGUCCCUAAAGCUCUGCAUUUCUUUUAUGGUGCAAUGAAGGCCAGAAUAUACAUUGCAGCCCUUCACUUUAACGAGAACUCCAGCCGGGAUCAAGCUGUGAACAAAAAUGGACAACUGAUUUAUUCUGUGUCAUAUCCCAAAGGCAGAAAUGGAGCUGGCAUCCCAAAGGAAGUCAAAGUUAAACAAACAUACAAUUAUGCAAUGGUUUUAAUGCAAGAAGUGAUCAAAAUGAGGCUAGAAUUUGGUUCGUACAGUGAGUCCAGAAAGAGUCGUGAGGCUGCCAUGGUGAACUGUCCUGCCCCAAUUGCAUCCUCGUACCAACAUGUCCCAAAGUCAGAACUUGUGGAGCGACAUAUCUGUUGAUUUAAUAAAAAAUGUUAGUUUACUUACAAUGAACUAGUAAUCAUGAACAUACAAACAAAUUGAAUUGUGCUCCAAUGUAAAUAAUUUUUCAGCUUGUAAACAUCAUUAAUUUCCUAAGCUGUAAAAAAUAAAAUUGUCUUUGAGUCAU